AAGCCUCAAGCUAGCUCUGUGAAGAGAGAAACCCUAGGAUUUUCCCUUUUCCGACACUUGUAAAGACCACAGUCUAUGAGCAAUGGUGAUAUCGUCCUCAACAAUCGAUGUUGUUCUCGGCGCCAUGGUGUGGUUCAUCUAUCCAUUCGCUUUCAUGAUUCUCACAGCAGAAUCUCACCCAAGGAGGUACCAAGAGAAGAUCCAGGAGCUUCUCUUCUACUGGUACAUCACUGAAACACUCUCAGACCGUCGUCCUUGGAUGGAAAUCCAGCACUUGGUAAAUCCUAAGAAAACCUCAGCUUGGAGAAUGAAGAAAAGGGUAAAAAACGGCUCAACUUUGAAGAUCCAAAAUGAAUCCAAGGCAAAGGUUGCAGCAACGGAACUCUUCCAAAACGUAGCCAAGCCAGGAUCAAAGUUCAUUGAACUGGGGGACUUAACUCGCUUCCUUCCGGAAAAUGAUGCCUUGUCGUUUUUGCGCAUCUUUGGACCGACAGCAGAGGAUGGGACAACCCGAAUCAUCUUCCCAUCUCGGCUACCAUUCAUAGUAAAUGAGAGGACAGGAAUCAGCUGCUCAUCUAUGCAACAUUUUAUGGUGUAUGCUUACAGGCUAGAGAUGUCUCUUGUCUUGUCAAUGGAAGACACAGACUCUAUAAUGAACAGUAUGAGGAUCACAGUCUUCAUAACUGCUGCGAUUGCAGACGUAGUAGCAUUUGUUCCCGUAUACCUAACGCUAGGCGUAUUCGGAUCAUUGUUUUACAUUUUCUUCGUUUUCCUGGCGUUACGUGCUAUAAAAAAAUUCUCAGCAGUGGAAUUUGAUUCUCGAAUCAACCAUGUUGUUUUUAUUUCGCCAUCCGUAUUCUGUUGGCGAAAAAUGUAUAAACGAUGGAGUCGAAAUGGUGGUGAAGAAAAUAAACUUCUUUUCUGUAACUUUCGUUGGACUCGAUAUGAAGGAAUAUCAAAUCAGUAGUACUACUCCACGGUCCAAGUGGCGCAUUGACCUCUUUCGAGGUAGUUCUGGGUUAGAGAAGAUGCAACUGAUUCUGAGUGAAUCCCAAGGUAACUUGUUUCCAUAGUAUAUACAUGUGCUUGAUAUUUGUAAAUUACAUAAUAUGACCUGAGUACCCCUUUUUUGUUUACUGUUCUCUCUUUUAAAGAUGCAACGGUUGCUUAACUACAGCUAUUGUCUUGAAGACUUUGAAGAUUAGGACAUAAGGAUGAUUGUAGACUUCUUUAACAUGCCUUCUUAUUACUUACUUUGUUGUGAUGUAAAAAACAAAAAAAGAACUGUAUUGUUGUUAUAUAAGCAAAAGUUAUUUGUUUUAGCAUUCAAAAGCUCUGUUGGGCAGAUUUCUACA